CUCCAAAACCCCACACUUCCUUCCUUCAAUCUCUCCACCAUGGCCGACACACAUCGGGACCCACCACCACCAGACACUCGCCGAGGAGCCGGAAAACGAACCGCCGCCGCCGCCGCCCCAUUUGAAGCAGCAACAUCUGAACCAGGCUCAAUCCCAAACCCUCCUUGUGGAGCAUGCAAAUUCUUAAGAAGAAAAUGCGUCAACGGGUGCAUCUUCGCACCCUACUUCGGGUCUGACCAGGGUGCAGCCCGUUUCGCAGCAGUGCAUAAGGUGUUUGGCGCCAGCAACGUGUCCAAACUCCUUACGCACAUUCCAGUGAACCGGCGGCAACAUGCAGUCGUGACCAUCUCUUACGAGGCCCAAGCCCGCUUGUCGGACCCGGUCUACGGUUGCGUCUCAACCGUCCUUGCUUUACAACAACAGGUGGCAGCGUUGCAGACUGAAUUAGCAAUGGUGCAAAACCAGCUGAUAAACAAUAGACUUAUAGUGGCAAAUGCGAUUCAGAAUUCACAACAGCAAUUGGAACCCAUGCAUCAUCUUUCAUUGUUGCAGCCUGCGUAUUCGAAUGCUUCUUCUGCUUCGAAUAAUAUACUUAACAUGAACAGCUUUGAUUCUAGCUUGAAUAAUCUUGGAGAUGAUCAUCAGAGUGGAACACUUUCACAGAGUUUUAAUCCUCUGCAACUAUGUCAACCUUGUCAUGAUGAAGAAGAUGAUGAUGAGGAAGAAAGUGGGGACCCUUUGGCCUUUGCCAAUCAAAUUCUCCAAUCACGAUGAUUAUUAGUUUUAUUUUUCAAAGUGGUCUUAACAAUGAUUAUGCAAUUAUGACUUUAAGUUUGCAUUUUCAGAAAAUGGAAUAAAAAGAACC